GUGUGUCGGUGUGUGUGUGUGUGUCUCUGUGUGUGUGUGUGUCUCUGUGUGUGUGUGUGUGUGUGAGGACAGUUGUCGUGCAGCAGGUGGUCGUUGGGGAUUUAUUUAGCAGCAGCAGAACCUUCCAGUCAGCUGAGAACUUCCCCGAGGCUCGGACCAGAACCGGAGUGGAACCGGACUGGAACCGGACCUGCCGAGCCCGUCAGAACCCGGUCCGGGUCUCCAGGAGGUUCUGGACAUUUCUCUGGGUCAGGACAUGGACGGACUCUGAUCCGGAACCAGCUGCAGGCCGCUGCUCGCUGCUGAUGGAGACGCGGUUGCCAUGGAAACGCUGCAUCCACCUGACUCUGCUGCUGGUCCAGCUGUGUUUACCUGAAGUGGGAGCUUCCUGUCGGAUCCUGAGGUGUAACGCUGAGUUUGUUGCUGCGACCGUCCACCUGAGCGGCGGCGGCGCGGCGCUCAGCAGCGACUUGGCGUACUGCAGCGCCCUGCGCUCCUACAGCCUGUGCACCAAGCGGACGGCGCGGCCGUGCCGCGGAGACCUGGCCUACCACUCAGCGGUGCAGGGCAUCGAGGACCUGCUGAUCCAGCACCGCUGCCCGCGGGCGGGGCCCACGGCCCGGCCCUGGCCCCUCCCACAGGGCGCCGUGUCGGGGGACGCCUGCCUCUACGAGCGGAGCUUCGUCAGCAGGGAGGGCCGCGUGCCGGAGUACCGGCACUGCAGCGUGUUCGGAGACCCGCACAUCCGAACCUUCAGCGACGACUUCCACACCUGUGCUGUGCAGGGGGCGUGGCCUCUCAUCGACAACGACUACCUGUAUGUGCAGGUCACCGGCGCGCCAACCAGUCAUGGGACGCACCACACUGUCGUCACCAAGAUCACCAUCAUCUUUAAGAGCUGGCGGCAGUGUACCGACCAGCAGCUGUACCAGGCGGAGCUGGACGACGUUCCCGCUGCCUUCGCCGACGGCUCUCAGUGGAGCGGCGAGCGACGGGGCCGCCGCGUCCUGACGGUGCGGACCGACAGUCCCGGCCGGCACGCCGAGAUCCGGGCGGCGUACAUCGGUACGCUGCUGGUGGUGCGGCAGAGCGGCCGCUCGCUCGGCCUGUCCGUCCGCUCGCCCCGCGGCGUCCUGGAGGCUUUCCACCCGGACCACGACCUGCAGCUGUGCGUGUGGGGCUGCCCCGCCUCCUACAGGGUGGACGCGCUGCGCCCGCCGCCGGCGCCGCCGCACGCCGCCGGCGCCGCGGAGGCUCACUGCGCCGCACUGCUUCCCACCCGGGACGUCUACUACCACGCAUGCGUGUUCGACCUGACCACCAGCGGAGACCUGAACUCCAGCGGAGCCGCGGUGGGCGCCCUGCAGGACGCCCGCAGCAUGACCGGCAGCGGGCAGGGCGUCCACCUGCGGCCUGUCGCGGCUGCGGGACCAGCGGGGCCGCAGCCGCCGCUGCUGCCGCUCAGCAUGCUGGGAGUUCUGGGCGGGGCCUGGAUCACCUGCUGCUAGUUACAUUCACUCGAGUAAUUUUUUGAGAUAAAAAAAAGUAUUUUUAGGAGAAUUUUUACAACUCUUUACUUUCAUGUGAGUGAUUCCAUGAUGAAGCAUCGCUGCUAAACUUCUGGAUCCUCCACUGAGAAACUUCACUGAACCAAGAACAAACUUACAACAAGUAAAACGUUUACAACAAAAGUUUAGUUUCACCAAAAGAAACAUUUAAUUUCAUUGCUAUAUAUUUAGUUUCGAAUUAAAUAUUUAGUCUUGAAUAAUAUGACUGAAAUAUAACUUUAAAAAAUGAACAUUUCUUUUCUCUCUAACAGACUAAAUAAACUAAGUUUUUGCUGUUAGUUUUUUAGUGUAACUUUUCAAACGGCGCCUCGUUUCAACCAAACAUCCAUCAGAAUCAGAAGGACGAUCAGAUUCUGUUCAAGUUUCAUUAGUUUUAUAUUGAAAGAAACAGAUUUGGAAAAAUGUUUUUCUUGCUUGAGUUUUGUUAUUUUCUAGUUAUUUAUAUAAAUUAUUGUCAAUCUGGUUUUUAAAAUCUCAAAAUUUUCUCCUAACUUUAUAUUUUGGUUUGUCUGAUUAUUGUAGUUAAUAUGAAACGAUGUUCUGUUCAGUUACUCAGCACUUCAGUUUCCUUUUAACCAAAAGUUUUUUUACUCUAACUCCAGUAAUUCCUUGGACGGAGUAAAAACAUUUUAAUUUUUGUUGGACGUCAAGAAGCUGCAGCAGGUGAUGAAGCUGCAGCAGGUGAAGAAGCUGCAGCAGGUGAUGAAGCUGCAGCAGGUGAAGAAGCUGCAGCAGGUGAAGAAGCUGCAGCAGGUGAAGAAGCUGCAGCAGGUGAUGAAGCUGCAGCAGGUGCUGCCUGUCCUCGUCGUUUUGAUGCAGCCGGAGUAAAAAGGUUUUUCAGUUUUCAUGGAGACUCAAACAUCUCGGCGCUCCAGAGUUUAAAAUCGUAUUUGUUCUGCUCUGAUCUGCUUCAGGAUGUUUGUUUCAUAAAAACAACACAUUUAUGUUUCAUCUAUCAAAAGUCGAUUGUCAGUGACUCAAACUUCAGCUGCUCUCCCUCCUCUCCUCUCUGUGUUUCUGUGUUUGGAGUAAAAACUGAUUUUCAGACCAUCAGAAACGUCGGUCCAGUUUUGGUUCUGCAGAGGAUCCAGUCGGACCUUUAGACCUGCAGAACAUUAAGGAAACAGCUUCAAAUGGUUGUUUGUUUUUAAAGUCAAUUUCUGCAACAAGCUGAUGCAAAAACAAGAAAAGAACUUUAUGUUGACUUGGCAAAACAAAGGAAAUUGAUUAAAAGUUGGAAAACAGACUAAAAUGAUUGAUUGAUUGAUUAUUUGUCAAAGGCAGCUCUUGUUUUUGAUUUAAAGGAGACCCAGCGUUCUGUCUCCACCUUUUCAGACAUUAAAUACAUUUUACAGUUUUGUACUGGAGCCUUGGUGAGCAGGAAAGUUGAAUUUAGUCUCAGUCUGUCUAGUUUUCUUUAUUCUCUCUUACAGUUUUUAAUUUCUACUCUUCAGUUUUUGUUGUAGAUUUGAUGAACAGAGUCAUGGACGUACCGCUGACCACUUUCAUAAAGCCAACAUUUUUUUCUCUCAGCUUUUUUUACUCCAAGUUAAAUGUUGCCAAAGUUACAAAUAAAAAUAUUUGGUUUUUGGUUAUAUUAACACUCACAAUAUAUUGAUAUGACAUCCAGGCUGUUUUGCUAGCAGUAGCAUUCUACUAAUGUUAGCUUGUGUGCUAACUUUUAUCUCCUUAAUGUCAUAACCAUGUACUGCAUGUUUUGAAUAUCAUUAUUACAUAAACGGCUUAAUGUUGUGUUUGCCAUUUUUAUUUUGUUGAACACAUGAUUCAAAUGUAUUCAGUGACGUUCUUAGCAUUAGCAUUAACUAGCAUUAGCUAGCUUAGCUGCCUUAUUCAUUUUGUGGUGGCAUUUUCUGACUAACGUGAAGCUGGAUGGAUAAAUCUGUAAUUAAUAAACAUUAAUCUGUGCUGCA